GACGAGCGGCGAUUGGACAGCGGCAGCAGCUCAGCCAAUCACCGUCUUUGUGUUUACACCGUGAUGCCAAGAUGGCGUUGUAUUGCCCUGUGGAGACGUUUUGUUACUUAUAAAAGCGAUGAAAUGUGAUAAAAGGGCGAGGCAAAGACCGUUCUACGGAUGAAAUCUAAAACUGAGCCACCGAAAGAAGAUCUUCUUCUUUGUGGUUGGCGGAGAUGUUGGGCGUCUUGUCUGCACGGCAGGCUGGCCUGCUUGAUCCCUUGCGACUCAGACGAGCCGAGUCGACCAGAAGACUCCUCUGUCUCCAGUUAAAUCCUGAUCGAGAAGUGGACCGAAUCCAUGGCAAUGGCAUUAAUACCAUUGAUAUUGAAACAAUAGAGGGCAAAUACAUGUUAUCCGGCGGUGCAGAUGGAGUCAUUGUCAUCUAUGACCUGGAAAACUACAGUGGCAAACCAAACUACACGUGCAAGUCCAUCUGCACUGUGGGAAGGUCAAAUCGACAUGUCCACAAAUUCAGUGUGGAGACAGUUCAGUGGUACCCGUACGACACUGGAAUGUUUGUCUCCAGUUCCUUUGACAAAACUAUGAAGGUGUGGGACACUGAGACACUGAAACCGGCAGAGGUCUUUGACUUGGGAGGGAACAUCUACAGCCACCACCUCUCACCCAUCACCCGGAAACACAGUCUCAUCGCAGUCGGCACUAAAAGCCCCAAAGUCCAGUUGUGUGACCUGAAAUCUGGAGCCAGGAUCCAUGUUCUUCAGGGUCACAGAGCAGAGGUCCUGUCUGUGAGAUGGUCGCCCAGAUACGAGUACAUCUUGGCCUCGGCCAGUGCAGAUAGCAAGGUGAAAGUGUGGGAUGUGCGUCGGGCUUCAGGCAGCCUCCUCACCCUGGACCAGCACAAUGGAGAGAAGUCAAAAGCCUCGUCUGAAGCAGUCGGCACGGCUCACAACGGGAGAGCCAAUGGCUUGUGUUUCACCGAGGACGGACUUUUCCUGCUCACGACUGGGACUGACGACAGAAUGAGACUGUGGAACAGUGCGACCGGAGAGAACACGCUGGUGAAUUAUGGGAAAGUGUCCAACGAGAGUCGCAAGAAGCUGCAGAUCAGCGUGUCUCGCGGCUGCAGUCCAGAGUUCGUGUUCGUGCCGUGUGGCAGCUCCGUGGCCCUGUAUGAUCUCCACUCCGGAGAGCUGGUCACUUCACUCCGAGGUCACUACAACAGCGUCGACUGCUGCGAGUUCCAUCCGUAUUACCAGGAGCUCUACAGCGGGGGCAAAGACUGCAACAUCCUGGCCUGGGUUCCUGUCCUGCGGUCCCCUGAUGUAGAGGAAGAUUCCGACAGACCAAAUAAGGCGGCGGCCGCUCCAUCUGCGCUGAACUCAGCCUUCCAGGACGCCUGGAGCAGCGACGAGGACUAGACCAUCCACUGCCUUAAGAACUCAGUGCCAUGUUGUACUGUCCAGAAGAAGGGAGACUUGAAUAUUUCUUCUGAUCUGAUUUAAACAUUGUUCUAUUGCGUAUACAGCCCAAAAACACUCCACUGAUGACGAGCGUUGUGGAUUUCCCGGAAUCACAAGAUGAAUUCAGCCACUUUGAAUAAUGUCACUAUUGUCAGGGAUCUCAUUUAGAUGAAAGCCUGAAUUCUGCUCUGUAAAUGUUUCUAAAGUAUGUUUUAGUCACCAGUCCACUUCUACUCUGUGAAGUUUGAAAUUGUGAUGUUUUUAAUGUAUUAAAAUAGUCCUGACAUGGGUCGCCUUUGUUGUUUCCUGAAGAUACUCAAGAGACAAACAGAAACUGAAAAUAAAUAUAUUGGAUAAGAUGGCCUUUAUUGUGUGUAGAAAUUAUGUGAAACGUCAGGAAAGAAAGUGAGUACACUGUUCACUUUUAGUUACAACCGACAGAAAUCUGAUUUAAUUUGAUAACAGUAUAAUUUUAAUGCAGGGUUUACACCACAAACUUUGAAGGUAGCCUUGUUUUCCAUUUUCUUUGGGAUUUAACUGAGCCUAGGACUGGGGUGGGUGAUCUCACAUGAUGUACUG